AUGGACGCACCAACAGGUUCCCCGCUCUUCGGGAAGCGGGAUGAAAUCGACAAAGAAGUCGAGGACCACGAGCUCAAACAGAAAGAAAAGAAGAAAGCCGAGCGCGGUAACGAGGCCCACGCCGAAAACGCAUCCGAAUCGGAUCAGACAAGUCGUGAAGAUGCUCCCAAGGUCGAGAAGGCCGGCAAGCGAGAGCUUACGGAAGAUGAUUGUUAUGAUACAUUGGGAUUCUGCUUUCCAACAUGGAAGAAAUGGACCAUUUUGAGCGUCAUUUUCAUCGUGCAAAUGUCGAUGAACUUCAACAGCGGCGUCUACUCCAACGCCGUCACCGGCCUGACCGAGGAAUUCCAUAUCAGUGAGCAAGCCGCUCGCGUAGGACAAUGUGUCUUCCUCGUCGCCUAUGCCUUCGGAUGUGAGCUGUGGGCUCCUUGGUCCGAGGAGUUUGGCCGCUGGCCCAUCAUGCAGCUCUCUUUGUUCUUUGUGAAUAUCUGGCAGAUUCCCUGCGCCCUCGCUCCAAACUACGGCACAAUCGUCGUAUGUCGUGUCCUGGGUGGUCUCUCUUCAGCCGGUGGCUCUGUCACCCUAGGAAUGACCGCGGACAUGUGGGAAGCAGAUGACCAGGGCUACGCCGUUGCCUUCGUCGUCCUUUCAUCCGUCGGCGGCUCCACGAUUGGACCUUUCUUCGGCGGCAUCAUCGGCCAGUAUCUAAGCUGGCACUGGGUCUUCUGGGUGCAAUUGAUCUUUGGCGCCGCCACCCAAAUCCUUCACUUCUUCUUCGUUCCCGAAACGCGCGCCACGAUUCUCGUCGAUAGAGAAGCCAAACGCCGCCGCAAGGCCGGCGAUGAAGUUUACGGUCCCAAUGAACUGAAGACCCCCGACUCGACUUCGCCGACGUUCUCCGCCUCUGGCGCCGUCCCUUCGAAAUUCUUCGGACAAUGGAACAUGUCCACCCUCGCAGUCGGUAUGACCUUUGGCUCAAUCCUCCUCGGCUACAUCAUCGCCUACUUCAUCUUCCUACCCGAUAUCCACCGCCAAAUCAGUCUCCGCCGCAAAGAAGGCACAGCAUCCCGCCUCGCAGAACGCCGCCUGUUACUCCUCCUCUUUAUCGCGCCUCUUGAACCAAUUGGCCUCCUCGGCUUCGCAUGGACAUCAAUGGGCCCGCCCAUCCCAUGGAUCGCACCACUUAUCUUCGCCUGUCUAAUCGCCAUGGCAAAUUACGCCAUUUACAUGGCUACAAUCGACUACAUGGUCGCAGCCUACGGACCAUACAGUGCCUCUGCAACUGGAGGAAAUGGUUUCGCGAGAGAUUUCUUAGCGGGUAUUGCUACCAUGUACUCGACACCUAUGUACCAGAAUAUGGGAAGCAAGUAUCAUUUGCAGUGGGCUAGUACAUUGCUGGGAUGUGUUGGGUUCUUGGUUCUGAUUCCGAUUUAUGUGUUUUAUUGGAAGGGUCCGGAGAUUCGGAAGAAGAGCAAGUUUGCACAGGAGCUUGAGGCUGAUCGUGUGCGGCAUGGGGAGAACCGCAGGGCGAGUUCGUUUGCUGUUGAGCAGCGUGGGCAGCCUUAG